AUGGCGCAACCGCGCGCGCCGUGCGAGGCGUGCGCCUCGCGCGUCGCCCGUUUGUACUGCGCCGCGGACGAUGCGAAAUUAUGCCUUCGAUGCGAUCGAGCGGUACACGGGGCGAAUAAGUUUGCCGAGCGUCACGUGCGACGGUGGCUGUGCGGAAUGUGCUCGCACGCGUGCGCCGAGAUCACAAUUGAAAACGGCGACGGGCUCACCGGGACGACGGCGUGCGAGCGGUGCGCGCAGGCGUUCGGUUCCGAACCGGCGGCGACGUUGAGGCCGUUUCACGAGUGCGCGUUGAGUGAGGAGGAGUAUAACGCGCUCGGAAAGUCGGCGACGCGAAGAGGGAGGCCGUCGAAUAGGAGCAAAGCAAUGACGCACGCGUUGGACGCCGAAGUAUCCGACGCGACGUUUUGGAAUCUUGUGCGGAAAUCGCAGCUUCGGCCGAGCGAGGAGCCAUCGUUUGAUCGGUUUGAUUUUGGUCGACCGGAUACGUCGACGAAUGCGGGGAGUGUGUCAGCGGAAGACGACGACGCGUUCAUCGAAGGUUUGAUUCGUCUGCCCUCGUUUGACUUGCUCGAUCAAAGCCUCGGCGCGUCCGUUCCAGGACCGCGCGCGGCGGCGAAGAUGUCAUCGCCCACUGAGGGCUAUAAAUUUUCGACAAUUUUCGACGUGAGCUCGGCGAACGACGAGAGCGCCGCGUCGCAAGCGAUGAGCGAUGAGCAGGUCUACGACGCUUUCAAGGCGACCAGGGGCAACGAAAGUGUGGAUAGGUUCCUCCAGGGAACCAGUUCUGGGAUGGACGAUGGCAACAACGAUAGUCUCUACGCCUUUGAUGGUGGAAUGCCGAAGAACAAGCCAAAGAAAAUCGGUCGACCGUCCAGGAAGGACAUGGUUUCGCAGGAACCGUUUCCGCACUCAAUGUCGUCCACAGCGUUUUUCGGCGCUGAGCCCGAUAGCUUGUCCAAGCUCCCGGGUGGCUCCGCACGAAAGAAAGUAUUGGAACGUUACCAUGCGAAGAAGAAAAUUCGCUCGUACGGGAAACACAUCCAAUACGAGGCGAGAAAGGUACGCGCUGAGACUCGCCGCCGAGUCGGCGGGCGCUUCGCGAAGAACGAGGAUAAGAACCGCCCUCCGAGUGAGUUCAAGGGUCCCGUUCCCGCUUGA